AUGCGAGGCAAUGAAUAUCAAAGCAUAAAAUAUGAUCGAACAUUGGUGCAUCCUAUUGUUUCUCAUUACAAGAGUUCAGCAAAUUUGCCUCUAGGUGCACAAACUCUUUAUGGUACAGUUCGUCUUGGUCCUGAUACAAGCGAUGUAGAAGAUCGUCCAGCAUUACUUAAUCGCUACGCUGGUUAUCAUUAUUCGGAUACGUACAUAAAUAUUUUUUCACAUACGCAUGUGUUUGGUGCAGGAAUCGUAGAUUAUGGUAAUGUUGGCAUCUUUCCUAUUCAAGUCGACAAUAAUGAUAAUUUACAACAUAUGAUAGCAAAACGACAUGGCUAUCGAAGUACAUUUAAACAUGAAAGUGAACGAAUCGAGCCAGGUUUUUACCAAGUAUAUCUCGAGACACAUAAAGUCAAAGUUGAAUUAACUGCUACUGAACAAGUCGGUAUUCAUCGAUAUUCAUUCGAUGAUGUCAACAGAAAGCAUCAUGUUAUAUUGAUUGACAGUAGCUAUGCGUUACCUCCAGAUGGUUGCAGACAAAGUCAUGUGAAUAUUGAUCGAAACAACAAUGAAAUUAGUGGUUCAAUUUUCUUUAAAGGAUUUCUAUCCAGAGCUUUUGGCGGUGUGACAACAUAUUUUGUCAUUACAUUUACUAAUUGGACAGAUUUCGGUGUUUGGAAUCAAGGUCGUCUAAUGCCUAGACAAACAACAACUGAUGGAUGUUCAUAA